AUGGACAACUCAGCGCAGCCUCCGGCUCCUACUCUAACCAAUCCUCGCUUCACCCUCGAGCUUGAAUUUGUCUCGUCCCUGGCAAACCCUUACUACUUGUCUCACCUGGCUGUGAACUACCAAAAUCUGCUGGGUAUUCGCGCCGAUGACAAUGACAAUGAAUCCGAUUCUUCUCCCGAUGCCCAAGCAUUCGUUGCAUACCUAGCCUACCUUUACUCCUACUGGAAGACGCCCGAGUACUCGCAAUUCCUGACCCACCCCGGUCCAACUCUGCGCGCCCUACGACUUCUUCAAGAAAAAACCUUUCGACAUGCUAUCAUUCAGCCACAGGUUAUUGAUGGACUUGCUGGGUUUAGCGGGCCGGUAAAGCCUUCUGAUGCUGAAGCGAAAGCGGAAGGUCCUGCAGAGAAGGACCAGCAGAACGGGUCUAAAACUUGA